AUGGACAUGUGUUUGCGUGCUAAGACAUUAUACUCUGGAGUCGGAGCAAAAGUCGCCAGUAAAGUUAAGCGACAGUUCAGAUUGGAGAAUGACAGCCAGGUCAAAUCGCUCAGAAAGGCGCUGAAGAAGUUUAAGAGGUCUGAGGAGAGGCGCAUCAUCAGAGCAAAAAUGAACGCACUGAAGUCCCAGCACAGAGCCAAUAGGGAACCGAUGGAGGACAACAGGAACUCUAAAACAAAGGCGCUGAAUCCAUUUUCUAAAAUGGCUCUACCAAAGGGAAGUGGCAGUAAGAGUGGGACCGUGAAUAAAAAUGGGACAAAACCAGUUAGGCUCGGACUGAGUUUUGACCUUGCCUCCGAUGUGUACGGAGGCGCAGCCCUCAUGAAGGACUUUGACCCGCACCGCAGGAAAAUAGCGACUUUGAACUUUGUUGGAAGUUACCUGCACACUACAAUGCUCCCGUCGCUUGGGCUCCCCGAGAUCUGCCUAGUCGGCAGGAGUAACGUGGGCAAGUCCUCGUUCAUCAACUCGCUCAUGAGUUACGUCAAGACAAAGUCGAGGAAGUGCGACAUGGCGUUCGUUUCUAAGACUCCUGGGUACACAAAGUCCAUAAACGUGUUCGAGGCUGUGGACAACAGGGGCAGGGGCGUCCUUGCCCUGGUUGACCUGCCCGGAUACGGCUACACAAAGGUGAAGAACAAGGAGACCCGAAAAACCAUGCAAAGCAUCCUCAAGGCAUACUUGAAGCGCAGACUUGAGUUGAAACUCGUGCUCUUUCUGGUUGAUGGGAGCUCUGAGCCUCAGCCCGAGGACUACGAGGUGCUCCAGUACUUCAGGGAGAACGCCUUCCCGCACCUCUUCAUUCUCACGAAGAUGGACAAAGUCACCGUGUCCCAGACUCCCGGCCAAAUGAUGACAUUUCGGCAGUACUUUGACCUCAAGAGCCCGCUCCCGCUGCCCUUUUCCAAAUUCGGUGGAGGCGACCUCGGCUGCGUUUGGAAGGCCAUCUUUGACGCCUGCACCGAUUCCUUCGACGUCUCAAAACUGAACUUGACUGACAAAUUCGAGGCUGUCAAACCUGAUUUCUCCACCUUCGUUGGCGCCCAGGCCAACGUCUCCCUGAAGGACCUAAAGAAGAUGAUUUUCAGGAACUACGACAUUUUACCCGAGAGUGUCAAGAGCCUGGAUAUGGACUCCAUGAGUCGCGAUCAGCUGCUUGACGUGCUUAAAAUUGCGGCAGACAGGGCCUUUGAGCUCCAGAAUAGGCCUCUGGACCUUGUUCAGCUUAAACACAAACUUACAAAGCGCUAG